AUGGAAAGCACUGAUCAAGAGAGUGCUGCUCAUGCGGUGGCUGAUAAUAAUACAAAGUAUGAACCCGUUGGAGGAUCAAAAAAGGUAGUGCUAAUGUCUACGGUUACACGGAUUGUGAGUCUUGGAUUAUGGUUCUUUACUUUUAUUCUCCUCUUAGUAGCCCUUAUUAUCCUGGCCACUAACUCCAAGACCAUUGACGAUGUUUCGAUCACACUCAACGUUCAGAAGAUAUAUGCAUACCGAUACAUGCUUUCUGUGAUUGUGUUUGGCAUGAUAUAUUCCCUCUGGCGACUCGGAUUCUCAUUCUACCUUUUGCUAAACAAAGCAAAGGGAUAUUUUUUGAUAGAUUUCUAUGGUGACAAGAUUAUAUCGUAUCUAUUAGCCACGGGCACAGCCGCAGGAUUUGCUGUAACCAAAGAUUUGAAUGCACUUUUCAAUCAAGAAUUCGAGGAUGACGAAGUUGACGAAUUCUGCUCAAAGGGGUACGCAUCAGCUAGUCUCGUCCUCGUCGCAUUCGUAUGCACUGCCAUUUUAUCAGUCAUGUCUUCCUAUGCAUUAGCCGCUAACGCCAAGCCUCGUGCUUAA